GCGGGCCCGCGCAUGGUUGGCGCAUGCGCAGUGGGGAGGGGGGUUGUCCACUGGGCGUUUAGCGGAGGAAUUCCCUUUCCCCGCUGUUUCCCGGGCGUUGUUUCGUCCCCCAUCUUCCUUCCUUCGUCGUCUUCGCCUCAGCCCCCAGAGCCAUGGCGGAUCCUCGCGUCAGGCAAAUCAAGAUCAAGACGGGUGUGGUGAAGCGAUUGGUCAAAGAAAAGUUGAUGUAUGAAAAAGAAGCAAAGCAACAAGAAGAAAAGGUUGAAAAAAUGAAAGCUGAGGAUGGAGAAAACUAUAACAUUAAGAAGCAGACUGAGAUCUUACAAGAAUCCAGAAUGAUGAUUCCAGAUUGCCAGCGCAGAUUAGAAGCCGCCCAUUCUGAUCUUUUACAACUAUUAGAAGGCGAGAAGGAUUUGGAAGACGCCGACGAAUAUAAAGAAGCACGUUCAGUCCUGGAGUCAGUGAAAUUAGAAGCCUAAAGCAUUUUUCCAUCCUUGAUGAUAUUUUGCCAUUGAACACUGAGGUCCAUUCCACACUUUAUUAUAUUUACCCACUGUUGCGUGUGUUCAAGUAAUGUGCGAAUGUGAUUCUUUUUAUGCGGCUGCAUAUUUGCCUUUAUCUACUUUAAAAACAUGUCAAAUAAAUGAUUUAGUCUGAUACAAAUAUUUGAGGGUGUUUUAUGUUUUGUCUAUCAUUCAUCAAAAGAUAAGACUUUAUUUACCAGAUCAAACACCUGGAUUUCCAAAAUGCACAGAUUGCCAGUGGGCCCAAACCUGGAAACAAAAAAUUGUUUUUGAAGUUCACUUGCUUUACAUGUAAAGAUUAAAAAAAAAAAUUUGGACCUGUGUCACUAAACCACUGUCAACAGAAUAUGAAUCUUCUUGACCCAAAAGGGAAUUAAUAUAUUCAUCAUUUCUCCAAAGAUCUAUCUGGUUUGGGAAUUGGCAUAGAAAAUCUGAGUUCAGAGAAACAUGAUCUGAGAAACAUUGUGUCACUUUGUUGUCUCUCCUAGAAAGUUAUAGAUAACAUUAUGUAAGUUUCCCCAAAGAAACUAUAAUUUCAGUCUAUUUGUGGGAGGAUCCUGGAAGAGAAUUUAAAGACUGGAUAUGUCAUAUUCAAUCACUAGUAUGUAUUAAACACUUAUAUGUAGAACACUGUAACAGGCAAGCAUUUGAAGUACAUUAGAUUUAAUGUACUUCUUAUAGGGCAGUAGAGGAGGCAGAAAAAAAGGAUAUUUUGAUGAGUAAAUGCUUAAAUGAUAGGGGAUAUAUACAUUAAGAUGUUUAGCUCAAUUUGCAUUCUAACUAAAUAGUUCUUGUUUAGGUCAUUUUGGGGUUAGGGUAUGUCAAGCCCUGGGCUGAUGUGUCUAGAUCUGGAACAUGACAUCAAGCAGACGAACAACACAUUAAGCAAAUUUUACAUUCUGUAUCAGUGCUCUAGAAUAUCCUUCAUUGGCUCUGAUUUCACAUUUUUGGUACAUUCCCCAGCACCUAGCACACCACUAUGUCCCCAGCAGUACAGAUUUAACAGGCCAUUAGGCCACAGCCUUUUUUUUUCCAAAAUACUAAAUCAUUAAAAUACUUUUCUUCUAGGAUAAUUUAUCUGUUGUAAAGAAUUGUGUUAUUUUCCACCCACCUCAAAUAUUUUACUGAUAAAACUCUUUGGAAAAAACAGUAGUUUUUCUAGAAUCAGGAAUAGCUGCUCUGGUCAAAAUUGAGGAAAUUGAGAUAUUGGAACAAAUCAUGGCCCAUACUGAAUGAUCAUAUAAACCAUAUUCUGUAGGUUCAAGUCAAAUCACAUAAGCAUAGUUGUCUUUUGGGGCAAAAAUAUGUUACAUGAGGUGAAGAGCACAUUGCAGAGAUUAAAGAGAUACAGCAUUUAGAAUCAUGUCAAAAUCCGUAGCAAUAGGAGAUCUUACUAGGUUUUAAGCAGUAAGGCCUAGGCAAGAAAAUAAACCACAGGUAUUCCAGAGAAGUUAAAAACCUCUGAGACUAAUUGAGUUUUUAAUAUUCAUCUCUAAUACUGUUAUCUGGUUACUUAAAAUUUGGCACUUUUUAAGCAACUGAGCUUAAUAUGCAUAUGUACUCAUGUAAACUGUGAUUUGUGUUUUUCUUUUUAAACAAAUAAUUCAAAUAAAUAGAUGUAAUUGA